AUGGAGGGCGACCAGGAGGACUGGCUCCUGGACCCCAACCUGUCCAUCGUCACCAGGUUGGAGCGGGCAUGCCGUUCGGAUUUGGUGGCCGCCAGCCGCCGCCAGCCAGGCGCCCCUAAUGGUGUUCUCCGCGUGCAGGUUCAUCACCGGCAGCCACAUGGCGACCACGGUGAGGGGCUGGGGUUCGAACACCGCGCGUUGGGGGUUGUUUUCUGCCAGGGUCUUAACCGGGAUGUUGUCCAGGAGUGCGCCGUGCGGAACUGCUGCUCAGACUGCCCGGACGUCCUCGUCGAGGCGGUGGACAGUGUGGUGGGCGUCGUCGGGAAGGUGCAGCCCCCAGCGCUCCAGGCAGCGACACAGCCUCCAGGCGGCUGCCUGGUCGUGAGGGUCGGCACGAGCACCGCGUCGAAGGACGCUCGCAGUUCGCGGCCCUCGCCGCCCCCGCGGCGCCCCCACCAGAGCGCGCUGCUGUCCCAAGCGGUCAGCGAGGCCGUGGAGCAGGCACUGAUGGAGCUCAACAACAACGACUGCAGCAACAACAACAAGGCCUUGUUGGACGGCGCAUUGUUGCGGAGUUUGGGCGGCGGCGGUGCGGACCGGGCGGACCGCAGGACGUGCAGGCCCACCAGGAACUCGACCAGGAACGCGGCCAGGAUGGAGAAGGAGCGUACGCUGGCCUUGGCCGCGCAGGGGCUCCAAGGACUCCAAGGUCACGGCCUGCAAGGUCACGGCCUGCAGGGCCCCGCCGCCAUGUUCGGCCUCGCGGCACCGAGCGCCGCCAGACUGGCCCUGGGCAAGGGGCCGAAGGGCGAGCGCUUGUACGACGGCCAGGCAGAGCAGGGCAACCAGGCGGUGGAUGAGACGCACGGCGCGGAGGCGCUGGAGGCGGACGUCGCGGUGGUGUCGUCGUCGUCGGGGUCCUCGAGGCAGCUGCACAAGUGCGGCCACUGCGGCAAGGAGUUCGACCGGCCCUGGGUGCUCAAGGGCCACCUGCGACUGCACACGGGCGAGCGGCCCUUCGCCUGCCCCUUCUGCCAGAAGCGCUUCGCGGACAGGUCCAACCUCCGCGCCCACCAGCGCACGCGAGCGCACCACGACUGGUCGUGGCACUGCCCCAAGUGCUACAAGGCCUUCUCGCAGCAGCGCUACAUGGAGCGCCACGGCCCGGACGCGUGCAGCAAGCACCGCCUCAAGCAGCUCAACCGCGCCAGCCACUCGUCGCUCAUCAACGAGCUGCUACACCAGCAGGACCACCUGUAGCUCCAAGGCGUCCACCACCGUCGGCGUCCUCGCCUAAUCAGCUGCACUCGGGCGCGGCGGCGCGGCAGGUAGCGGCCCGGCCGCCGAGCGAUUCAGAAGCGCGGCCCGUUGCUCUGUCUCUCUCGCACCUUCACGCGGAGCCCCUCGAGUGCGACAGAGACAGAGCACGGCUCGACUGCUCUACUGAAUCGCUCGGUGCCGUCAUUUCGCCAGCGUGGUUCACGUGGCCCCGCGUGUCACCCACGGUGACUCGUCGUCCUGUCUCCCUCGCUCGCUGCCGGGCUGCCCUGGGGCUGCCCUGGGGCUGCCCCCGCGAGCGCGAGAGGGACAGGGAACGGCCUGCCUGCAGGGCCAAAGGUCAGUCGGGCCUGUGCCGGCGAGGCGUACCUGGCCGCUCCCGAUAGCGAAUGCCUACCCCACAAGAGUGCUCAAAAAGCGCCCAAUUUAUCGAACUAGAAUUUCAUUUCUGUCGGGCGAAGUUGUCCUGCCUGCCCCACUAGAGUGCUCAACAAGCACCCAGUUUACAGAGCUUGAAUUUAUAUCUGUUAGGCUGGGGCUUUGACUGUUUUGAAAUGUUUCACGAAUUUUUUUGUUUGUAAAAAAAAAGUCCGACGCGGCGUUUAAAAGCCCCCGCUUGGUUUAUCAGUGUGGAACAAAGCUCGCGUGGGAUUGGCGAAGGCGAGAAAAUAGGAUCAGGUCACUCCGAGCCGCGGCCACUCUGUGACGCGCCGCCACUGAUAGUGUACGGUCGCACGACUGACGUGCAUUUUAAAACGCCGCCUCAGUAUUCAUGUUGCUAGUAUUUUUAAGUCGUUUGUUUUUAUUUUACUUUUUUUUUACUUUUUUUUAUUUCACUGGUUUACUCGCGGUUUUCCCGCCAAACGGCGCAACUACGCAUGUUUUCGCCAUCCUCGCGAUAGUGCUUAUCGCAAUUGCAGAGCCGCCCAAAUUGUCGCGCCAGCAAUCCCCCCUGCACUGGUUGCAGUCAUGUGUUGUGACAUGUUGAUUUUUUUUUAAUGUUAAAUUUGGCCCCGCCCCUAUGGCGUCCUACACGCAUGUAAGACUGCACCUAGGUGCCCUUGUAUGUCAAUUGUUUUCAAUAAAAGCCGAUUAAGAUUUUUA